AGCGCGGAGGAGGUGCGCGCGAUUCGCAUCGAAAAGAUCGACGCGUUGACCGCGGCGGACAUGACGCCGUUCGCGUACCGUUUCGACCGCACGCACACCGCGACGCAGCUCCAGGCGAUGCACGCGUCCGUGGAAAACGGCGUCGAGGUCGAGGGCGUCACGGAUGCGGUGUGCGGGAGGGUCAAGGCGCGCAGGGUGUUCGGCAAACUCGCGUUUUUGUCGAUAGAGGACGACGGCGGCGCGAUACAGCUGUACCUGGACGUCAAGCGCGUGGACGCGAAGAACCCGGGGACGUUCAAGCGCAUCGUGGACCUGUGCGACAUGGGCGAUAUCGUCGGCGCGCGCGGGACGGUCAAGCGGACGGAGAAGGGCGAGCUGUCCAUCGUCGUGGACGAGUUCGAGAUGCUCACCAAGUCGCUGCUGCCGCUGCCGGAUAAGUUUAAGGGCCUCACCGACGUCGAGACGCGAUAUAGGCAACGCUAUCUGGACCUCAUCGCGUCCCCGGAAGUGCGCGACGUGUUCAGAACGCGCGCGGGGAUUGUGAGCGGGAUACGGCGGUUUCUGGACGACCGCGCGUUCAUGGAGAUGGAGACGCCGGUGUUGGAGUCGAGGGCGGGGGGCGCGGAUGCCAAGCCGUUUUCGACGUUUCACAACGCGCUCGGGAUGGACCUGACGCUGCGCAUCGCGACGGAGUUGCACCUGAAACGGCUCGUCGUCGGCGGUUUCGAGCGCGUGUACGAGAUGGGUCGCAUCUUCCGAAACGAAGGCAUAAGCACGCGGCACAACCCGGAGUUCACGUCCGUGGAGGUGUACCAAGCCUACGCCGACGUGAGCGACAUGUUGGAGCUCACCGAGGAUAUGAUCUGCGCCGCCGCGGAGAGGGCGUGCCCGGGUAACGAAAACCUAUCCAUCCCGUACGGCGACGAGAUCAUCCACCUCGGGAAGCGCCCGUGGCGCAGGGAGAGCAUGAACGACCUCGUGAAGGAAUACACGGGGGAAUGCGCGUUGGACAUCAUGGGGACGUUCGGCGAGACGAAGGACGCGCAAUCGCUCGCGGGGAUACCCAACGUGCAAAAGUCCCCCACUGUCGGGCACGUCCUGAACGAGAUGUUCGAGGCGUGCGUGGAGACGAAGCUCCGACAGCCGACGUUCGUGCUCGACCACCCGGUGGAGAUCUCCCCGCUCGCGAAGCCGCAUCGCUCCAAGCCGGGGGUCACCGAACGCUUCGAGCUGUUCAUCGUCGGCCGCGAGCUCGCCAACUCGUUCAGCGAGCUGACGGACCCGGUGGAUCAGCGGAAGCGGCUGGAAGGGCAGAUCGCGACGCACGCCAAGGCGCGUUCCGAGGCGCGAGCGGCCGCGGAGGCGCAGGGGAAGGAGGCGCUGCGCGCGUUCGAGGACGACGACUACCCGAUCGAGCUCGACGAAGAUUUCGUCACCGCGUUGGAAUACGGCAUGCCUCCGACGGGGGGGAUGGGGCUGGGCGUGGACCGGCUCGUGAUGCUGCUGACGAACAGCGCGAGCAUCCGAGACGUGAUCGCGUUCCCGUUGUUGAAGAAGCAGGAGUAG